UCAGAAACAGGAACAUGGAUAGGAAUUGGAGUUGGCCUUGCAGUGAUCUUGAUUAUUCUUGCCAUCCUUUUCAUUUUGUUCAAAAUGCGGCAAAGGUAGCUUUUUCGUUAACGUUUUUUGUUCUGUGGUAAUGGAUUUAAGAUUACUGUGUUAUCGUAGUUUAAUCAUGGUUUUACUUUCAGGAAGAAAAGAAUAAAAAAGUCUGUUAGCGCUGCCAAAAUUAUGAAUAAUACCGAGACCAAUGGUGGUAAUUGUAAUGAAGAGGUCGAAUAUGAUAACUAUGUCCCCAGCCAAUACGUAGCUAUGGACGAUUUAGGUGCUGACGACGGCCAUUACGCUGCUAUGGAGGACCCAGGUGCUGACGACAGAGAUACGGAUUCAGAAACAGAUGCUGCUGGCGAAAAUGCUGACAAUGCAGAAAUGAUUUACGGUAAUGCAAAAGGUGAGGAUCGAUAAAGUUUGUGGUUUCCUGUCGAUAUAUAUUAGACGGCGGGCGUUUGGGGCCUGGCGCCAAUAGAGCAUGACCAUAUGCCGCUAGCACUUACAUGUUUGGGUCCAGGUCCUGCCAAGGCGUGGCCGCGCACUGUCACGAAUUGGUUAAUUAACCCAGGAAACCAGCCUUGGUGUAUUCUAAUACUAUGGGGCCGUUAUUCCACUAGCGAUUUAGCCGUCCCCGGCACAACCAAAACGAAUUGAGAUCGAUUCGAGAUCGAUUAAAGCACCACGCACUAUUGAUUCAUUCAAGUUUUUGGGCAAGUUUGGGCACUUCCCCCAAAGUUCAAGAAACCGGACUCGCAUCGGUUUGAGAUCAUCGUCCUAAUUUAGAUCGAUCGCAAAGUGUGCUAAGUGUGAAUGGUUUUGUAGAUGGAAAUCUCGAGUGUAAAUUUUAAACAUUCUUAGACCUAAUCAGGGGCAGCUGUAGAAAAUGCAACUAUAAGACUUCUGGCAGGAAUGUAACCUGCGGCCCUGCGAUUCCAGUGCAGCGCUCUAACCAACUGAGCUACACCGAAAUUGCAGGGCUGCAGGUUCGAUUCCUGCCAGAGGGCCAAGAGUUGAUCUUUCGAAGCUGCUCCUGGAUUCUGGUCAGGUCGAAAAUUGUAUUUCUAUUUACGAAAACCCUGCAACACUUAGUUCUGUCGAGUGAUAUGCCCAAAAUUCUGAUAAGUGUGACAGCCCCUUAGUGUCACCCAUAUCAUAGAUUAAGUAAGAACAGAUGUGUAACUUCAGUAAAAAAGUUGUCCCACGGUCGCCAUCUUCCUAGCAAGUGUCGCUCGCGUGACAUCAGGUCAUUUGGUAAUACGUCAUUGCUUUCAAAAUGCUUUCAACACCUUUUCCACAACUUUAAUUGCUUUUAACAACUUUGAACAUUGAACAAAUGAUGCUCUUGAUUGUUUAAUCCAUAAAUUUCGAUCCAAAAAAGCCGCAAUAAAAUGCAAAAGUUCAUGUUUUCCAGGACGCCAUCUUCCUAGCAAGUGUCAUGGCGUGAGCAUGACGUGUACAUCUAGGGAAAUUUGAGGACACAAAUUCCUAUUAAGUUACACAUCUGGUAUAUACUUCAUCUGUGCCCAUAUUGAUGGGUUUCAGUAAGGGGUGCAAGACAGCAGAUGGUGAUCAAUUUCAAAAUGUUAGCCCUUCUAGGGGAAUUCAAUAACUAUCAAGACGACUACGCAUAUUGAAAGAAUUAACAUUAUUUUCUCAAUCUGACAACUGACCAUUACUUAAUAAUAGUGCGUCGUUAUACCUAUCAAAAGUUGCUCGAACUUUUUAGAUCAUUAUGUAUUAUAUGUUAUUAAUAAUAUAUAAUACAUAAAUAUUAUUCGGUUGUCUUAGUGACCGACACUCGAGAUCCAUUCCGCAUGGUGCCUGCUGAGGAAUUUGAAAGUUACGUUCGUGAUAUGAAGAAAAAUGAAAAUUUUGGAUUUGAUCAGCAAUUUAAGGUAUAUAGUAAUUGUGUGGAUAACACGUGACCACUUCCAAUAUGUGAGUAUGUGUGGUGUGCUAAUCAUCCUUACUUGCAACUGAGGACUGAGCAGAUUUACGAAGGACGCUAUUUAACAUACCUUGUCAAAUCUAAGGCUUACUAAGGGCGCUUCGCCUUCCACCGUAUUGCUCAUGUCUGAUCACGGAGCACAGUUACAAUGAGGAAAGUUUAGGAUUUAUCCUAUCCCAUCCUGUCAAUAUAUUCCUUGUGGGAAGAAACCGAAGUACCGGAAGAAACAAACGACAUUCGACAGAGCUUCGACUGACUCUUUUCACAUAAAUGUCACGAGUCCGCAACGAGAAUUGAACCCACGAUCUUAGUAGUAAUGACACAUACUUCAACCCUUAUUCUUCUCCUUAUUGUUCCAUCGUUGAUACGGGAUGAUACUGGAAUGUCUGGAAUCGACCAUUGCUAUAGGAUAAUUUAUCCCAACCUAUACUCUGCGGAGCGCCGACCCGGCGAAAGGAAGGGUACUAACAACAUCCUGGUAAUUUUAUUUCUUGUAUUACUUAGGAACUGCCUCAGGGCAUUUGUUAUCCCUGCACUAUUGCCAAGAGUCCUGAAAAUAAACCUAAAAACAGAUAUGGAAAUAUUGUCUCUUGUAAGUAAAGCUAUUCAUCACUGGGAAUUUUGUCAAAUCCUUACAUAUAAAUAGUAGUAUGGAUCCUAUACUGGAAAUGGUAUGGAAAUCUUAUGUCCAUACUAAUCGAGUUUCCAUAGUAUGUUAUAGUAUUCGUAUACCAAAUGUUAUGCAAAUAUUUAAUUUACCUUUUUUCCAGUGGUGCCUAAAUUUCUUUGAAUUUGUACUUGAGUAAAAGUAGAAGUAAUUAACAAUAAAACGACUUGAGUAACAGUAAAAAGGUACAAAGUAUCUUUAACAAAUACUUGAAGUAAAAAGUAAAAAUACUAUUGUCUGUAGCGUUUGGGGGGGGGGACAUCUCCAAUGGAUUGACAUACAAAAGACACAAAACAGCGCACGCAUUAUAUGUGUGCACUUAAUAUACACUAUUAUCACUGUAUGCACUUAAUAUACACUAUUUCACGGCAUGGCCUACUUUGCAGACCCCGUUGAAGAUAUAAGAAAUUAAAUAAAUUAUGCUUAUAAGUAAGCCACAAAAGAGAGAUCCCAGACGCAUAUAGAGGUCCUAUUACCUAUCCCAAAAUUAAAAUAAAUCCGGAAUAAAUCACGUAAAAUUAAACAAAAGUUAGAAAGUAACGAAAUACUUCGCCACAAAAUGAAAAUAAAGAAGUAAAACGUUACUUCUUGAAACAACUUCGUUCCAAAUAAAAGUACCCCAGAAAAAGUUUACUUUGUUACAUGAUGUCUUCUCAAAAAUAGUACUCAAGUACCGUAACGAAGUACAUUUACUUCGUUACUUGACACCACUGCUUUUUUCUCUAUAUGAUAAUCUAGUUUCAGUAUAUUCUGAAAUGUGGUUUACUUUUCUUCGAAAUACUCUUUCUUCACUUAUCACUUCAUUUUCUCAUUAGAUGACGAUGCUCUGGUCCCGCUGUCUGAAAAUGACUCAGAAACCUACAUAAAUGCCAGUUUUAUAUCGG